UCCGACGGAGCGUGGGAUCUGGCAAGGUAAUAAAUCUCCACAACGCAGUACGAGCAACGUGAGUGAGUGAGAGCUAUAUAACAAAAGGCGCGAAGGGGAGCUAAGGUACGCUGUGUGCGCACUAGUCUCAGAUCACUCUUCUUCUUCAUUUGCUCUGCGUUUGGCGCUUAGCAUUUUCAGAGAAAAUAUUUGUUGGAAUUUUUGGAUUGAGAUAUUGCGGAUCAUCCAUCUUUUUGUUGAUUUUCUGGUGUGUGUUGUUCCAGUUCUCCGAUCUCUCUUCUUCUGCUUCGUUCUUCUCAGCGUUUUACUUUUUCAGGUUUGUGUAGUUUCUAAGACCAACGAUCUGAAGGAAAAUGGAAGGACCGCGUCCUGUUUGGGCAGUCAAGGUGAUCAUGGUGAUCGUGAUUGCAUCGAUCUUCUUCCGUUGCGUCUCUGCAAGGAACCACACGGUUGGAGGACCAAACGGUUGGGAUUUGGCGUCCAACCUGCAAGUCUGGUCUCGUUCUUCGACGUUUUACACCGGCGACAAUCUAGUGUUCAGCUACACACCGAACCACGACGUCCUGGAGGUGAACCAGUUGGACUUCGCCAGGUGUCGCACCAUCAACCCACUCGCCACCCACCGCGACGGCGAGACAGUGGUGCCGCUGACCAACGCUGGCACCAGGUUCUUCAUCUGCGGCCGCCGCGGACACUGCACUAGGGGACUCAGACUUAUGGUCCAAGUCCUCGAUCUCCCUUCUGCAGCUCCAGCAUUCCCACCAGCCGAAGAAAGUGCAGCCUCCGAACCUACCAGAAGGGAACGGGCUCCUCCGCCAGGUAAAGGGGACAAGUCGUCGCCGCCGCCGCCUGCCGCCAUGGGAGCAGCACCAGCCAAGAGUCCGGGUGCUGAAGCACAUUGCAGUGUAGGAGUGCGCAUUGGAGGCUGGGUGUGGUGCUGUCUAGCUCUGGCUGCUGUCCUGGUAAUGUUUUCUGAUCUUUAUCUCAUUGAUGAGUUCAAUUAGUACAAAGAUCUCUCACUGAUAGCAUGACUCAUACAUACUUGGGUUGGGUUGAUGAUCAAUUGAUAAUCGGUGAAAUCUUGAAGCAGUUGAUCGUUUUGCUUUUUUUUUUGAAUUGCAUUCUGACUCUCUGGCUAAUAUGAAAAGGAAAUAUAUGGCCUCGCGAAAUUUUUUUGAAAUACAAUUGAUAUUGCCUCAUGCUCAUGCAUGAUUGUUAUUUUGA